CAGGAACUGAAAAUAAAAGCUUCAACUUUUCCUCUGCCGUCUUACACAAUGUCCGAAACCCUGGCAGAGAACACAAGAUGAAGCGUCUACUCACAGUGGUGCUGCUGACCGUGUGUGCUGCAGCACCUGAAGAUCUCAUCGGCAAAAUGUUCACCUUUCCACAGGAGACUAAAACGGACCAUGUAAAGCUGAUCACACCAAGAGAAGAAUUCAAAGCCAUUACUCUCUGUCUCAGGUCCUUCACAAACCUCAGCAGAAACCACGGCCUGUUCUCUCUGGCAACUCCCGCCUUUUCCAAUGCCUUCCUGAUCUUUAAGGAGAGUGCCUCAGAUCAGAUAGAGAUGAACAUCAGGAAUAAAGGCAUAAGCUUCUUCGGAGAGGAAUACAAGCUGAACACCUGGCAGUCUGUCUGUGCGUCCUGGGAUGGAGCUAAUGGCCUGGUACAGAUUUGGAUCGAUGGAAAGCCUAGUGCCAGAAGAUACUGUUCUCAUGGAACCAUAACGGGACACGCUUUGAUCAUGUUAGGACAGGAGCAGGAUUCCUAUGGCGGCGGAUUUGACCCUCAGCAGUCCUUCGUCGGCAUGACAACAGACGUCCAUAUGUGGGACUUUGUCCUCUCUCCCUGUGAGAUCCAGCGCUUCGUGGGUGACCUUAACUUCUCCCCAGGCAAUGUGAUUAACUGGAGAGCCCUUGAGUACCAGAUUGCAGGGAAAAUUAUUGUGGAAAACAUACAGGGCGCGUGUUCAUGUCUAAUUAAAAAGAAGGUGUAUAAUAUGUUUGGUCAGGGAUAUUAACCAAACGUGUCGGCAAUCAAUGUAAAAUGAUUGUUCAUGAAUGGUAUUGAUAUAAAUAAAGGUGUAAACUAUUCAGUCACCAAGGCCGCAGAGUUCGGGAGGGAAAUACGAAAUGUUAACAAACUUUCACUGAUUAGGAAAAACAAAAAAUGCAACUAUACCAUUGAUUGAUUUUUAGACUGUUAUGGUGGAAUUAGAAGAAUGUCUUUUUAGAAAACUGCAUUAACUUGCUUUUAGGCCAUGUUCUGAGGGUGAUUUUCCCAAAACAGUGUUUUUGGUAAAAAUAUAUUAGAUAUCUAGGCAAGGCACUUUAUUUGGACUAUACCCAGUGUCUGUGCUUCCACGGUGGUGUACUAGUUUAAAGAUGCAGACUUACGGGGCCAACUUUAUGCACAGAAGCAGGCCAUUUGCCCUGGCUGAGCACAGAUAUUUCCGAUGGGGUUAAGUUAAACAUCAUAGUGGUUCGUGGAAGCCCAUCUCCAGGUGUAUCAGUGGCUGCCUUACGUCUGGUUCCAGUCUUUCCCUGUGGAAACUGUCAAGCGAGAGACAGCUCUUCAACUUGGUGUGAAUUUGGUAGUUUGGAAUUCGGUAUCAUAGUUCCAAUGUUAUUUAUUGUCAAUUGUUUGUCCAUAACAAUUAUUGUGCCCCCUAGUGGUAUGAAAUUGGCCUUCACCUGUUUUUCUAAAUUGUCAUUUAGAUAAAGUGUAGGAUCUGAACUCCCUUCCCUUAGCCUCACAAUCAAAUGGUCUCAGCAACACAUCAUGUAUGUCCUUGCAUCAAUCCCCUCUUCUAGUAUUUAUAUUUUACCCUAUAUACAUAUUGAAUUAAUUAAUUAUACGACUGGAACAUUCUGCUUCAUGCUAAAACUAAGUUAACAAAAAUAAUUCAGAUCAGUCCCUGCAAUUAAAGAAUUCAGCUUAAAAAAGAGUGUCAAAAUACAAACCCAGCCAUAAUCCAAGCCCUGUAAAAUCCACCUAUUGUCACAAUACCUCUGCUAAUGACUUCCUUACACCGCAAGACGUAACUUUUUGUUGUUUAUUUCCUUAAUGCAGUGUUGAUCACCUGAAGUAGGGUCGCCUGUAAAUGGCAGUUAGUUUCAUCUAGAAGUUAUGCCACUUUACUUUUUGUACUUUUAUUUGAGGAGCACCACUCUUAUUUUGUUACUUCCUGUUAUGGAAGACGUUAGACUUCCUGCUCCCGUCUCGGCAAAAACCACAUGCUCACGAUGCUACAGAGUUGGUAAAACAUGCAAACGAACUAUUUACAAACAUGUCGUAUCCUGUGUUAAAACUUGUAAAAGGUUAUUUAAUUGUG